CAAUAAAGAGGGAAAAGAGAAUAAAUGACUAAAUGAUAAAUAGAUUUUUUUCUAAAUAUAGGACUAAUUAAUUUGUGGGUAAAAAACUGUUAGAACAUCAUUCUCGUCGAUUGCACCUGUAGAUGAGAUCUGCUUAUUGGAAGACUUAGAAAUUCUGCUGUUUUCUCGCUUAGAUUUUUGUGCCAUAUCCGACUAUCUGACUGUAGACAUUUUAUCAAACAUACGCUUUUUUAAGUCAUAGUUGAGGAAUUUUGUUAAAAAAUAGAAGAUAGAGUCUGUAUAUAAUUUUUUUUUGAAGAAAAAAUAGCAUAACAAGAGAUGUUUUGCGCGCAAAAAAACUAGCAAAAAGCGCCACCUGACGGUAGGGAAAAUAUCAACAAUGUUUGUCAGUUUGCAAAAUCACAUUAGUGGCGUCAUGCAGCAGCAAAACGCGUCCGCAUAUUCUUUUAAUUUGUUAGAACAGCAACAACAGCAGCAACAAACGUUCGACUGUGCUCAUUCGCCUUACGGAAGUCAACCAGCAUCUUCUCCCUUCUACCAGAAUUCUGUUAGAGCAGCGUCUAAUUUCGCCCAAGAAACUCAGCAGUCAACAUUGAAAAGGAAGCAACGCCGCUAUCGUACAACUUUUAGUUCUUAUCAGUUAGAUGAAUUGGAGAAAGCAUUCCAGAAAACACACUAUCCGGAUGUAUUUUGUAGAGAAGAAUUGGCUUUGAGAAUCGACUUAACAGAAGCAAGAGUACAGGUGUGGUUUCAAAAUCGAAGAGCCAAAUGGAGAAAACAACAAAAACAACUUCAAUCCAACGCAAAGGAAGCAGUUGAACAUACAUUAAAUCCAUCUACAGUUUCUAAUUCUUCACAUUCCGUUAACCCACCAGUUAAUACGAUCGGAAAUUUACCGAAUAUGAGUGCUAUUACCAGAGGUAUGGCAAUUCCUGGGAUGUAUUUACCUGGAAAUAUCUCAUGGCAUUCAGGACAACCGACUUUUCCUCAAUGUACGGCAGUUUCCUCUCAUUAUUUAACAAACCAAAACGGUACAGUGGCGUCAUCUGAUGGUCAUGGAGAAGAUUUGAGAUUAAGCAAGCCGACUGCUAACUCGCCUAUGAUGAACCUGGUGAAUAAUUAACCGUUAAUUAUUAUUUGUAUUAUUAUUAAUAUGAUAAUUUAUGAUAUUAAUAUGAAAAAACAUGUGUAAAAAAUGUAAAAUGUCAUUUGUCGAUGUAAAAAAUGUUAAAUGUUGAAUUUUUCUUUAUAAACAAAUCAUUUCCCUCUUUGUUAUAUUUUUUCUUUUUUGCUCCUUUUUACAAUCCACCACAAGUUUCUCAAUCAAUGGUCGUAACUACUGCUUUCCUCUCUUC